UUAAACCUCUUUUAAUCUGAGGCAGGGGAUGAGUAGAAAAGAGGGUUCCCUUACACCCUUACAGCUAAGGACCAAACCCAGGGUAGUAAGCGCUCUACUACUGAGCUAAAUCCCCAACUGCUAUUUUAUUUAUAAUUUGUGUGUUUGUGUAUGUGUCCAUGCCCACAGAGACCAGAGAUGUCAGAUCCCCCUAGAGCUAGAGUUACAGAGGGUUGUGAACUGUUUGACAUGAGGUGCUGGGCAAGAGUAAGAUGCUCUUAACCACUGAGCCAGCUCUCUAGCCCUGAGAAGAUCUUGAGCUCCAUGUCCUUCUCCCUGUCCCUGAGUGGAUACAUCACCCAGUACCUGUGCUCAGUUUUGACAGAAUAGCCCCUCCUAUCCUCUGCCCCUUGGAGAGGAUCUGCUAGAGACACCGCAAGACCUAGUCUCCUUGGCUCAGCCACUGGAGUAGCCUGGGAUUAGGCCACCAUCUAGGAGCAGUUUUACUACACCUGCGAUAUAGUACCCUGUUCUGUGACUCCUCCAGUUUUUCCUCCAGUUCCUGAGGUAACCCAUGAAAUGACUGGAGCCCAGAAGACUACAAAGUACAGUCUAGGUUCCAGCUCAGGUCUGUCCCUAGCAGGGGAAUUCCUGCAUGUGUUUCCUCUUCCCAGACUGGAAGAAGAAGGGACAGCUGGGCUCAGUCUACCAGGUGCUGGGACACAGCUGUCCCCUCAUAGCCCCACCACCCCCACCAACCCAAGCAAGCUGAGCUGGGUGGAGACUGAGCAGGGUGGGGCUACCCUGAGCUAUCCAGCCAGGCUGUAUCCACUGCAGGCAAAUGCAACCAGGGAUUGAUUCUAAGCAGCAGUUCUGACUGGUGAGAGCUGCCCCUGACCGGAUGGGGUAGUGGAUGGGAGGGGAAGGAGAGAAGUAGUGAAGUAGUGAGUACAGCAGGAACUUCCAAAGGAAAAAUUAGAAUUGCCUGGGGAAAUGGCUGGAUUGAAGGGGAAGGGCCUGGGAGCAGCAGGGGGUUGGAGAGCAUGCAAGAGGAGGGGGUGGUUAGUGGAAAGGGGUGUGGGGAACAGCAGGAGCCCUAGGAGGCCAAAUGGCUAGCUGUGGGCCCUAGUUCCAGCUUUCUUCUUUCUUGCUUUGGCUCCCUUCCCAUCUAUGGUGAGUGAACCCUUCUGAGCUGGCUGCCAUGCCAGAAGGCAGCAUGAAACCAAUAACGGUCCAUGAAUUAAAGACUAGGGAGUACAAGGUAUAAGCUGAAAGGGCAAGGGACCCUAUCCACCCAUGGCUUUGCCAGGUGAGGUGGGUGCAGUCAAGAGUUUGAGUUGCUUUCUCAGGUCUGGACCCUGCCAUGCCAGCUCCGCUGCUCCCGAUGCUGCUCCGAUCUCUGCUGUCCCGCCUGUUACUGCCCGCUGUCCGCCUGGCCCGCCAGCACCUCCUACCCCUGCUCCGGCGACUGGCACACCAACUGAGCUCCCAGAACAUGAGAGAAGCUUUGCUGGGCUGUCUGCUGUUGGUCCUCAGUCAGCAACAUCCUCAGGAUGCUGGGGAGGCCUCCAGAGUGGACCUCCCCCAGAAGGAGAGGUUAGGCCCCCAAAAGUGAAGGCCAUGAAUUCUGGCAGCAGCAAUGUCCACCGAAGUGCUUUGUUUUGGAGUUAACAGUCCUGGC